GGCGCGCAGCCAGCCACUGGUCUCGCGUAUCGCCGCCUCGCUGUAUCUGCAACGGCAGCGAGGCCGAGUGGCUGACCGGUGGCCACACCAGGCUCUACCUGGAUUCCGCGAGGCCACGGCGCGUCUUGCCGUCGCCGGAGAGGCGCCUGCCGGAGGGAUGACGGCGGUGGCGCAGGCCGUGGUGGCGGUGGCGCUCGCGGCCAUCCUCUCGACGCCGGCUCCGCAGCCGGACACCUUCUCCAACAUCCCGCCCACGCUCUCCGGGGGCGACGGGAAGGCGGAGCGGAUCAAGCACCCCAGGUCGGCCAAGGCGCUGCAGUGCACGACCAAGUGCGUCGGCACCUGCAUCCGCGGCGGCGGCGGCGCGCCCGGCGAGGGGCCCCUCAACGUCAGGAGGCCGCUCGUGGUGUUCAAGGACGGGUUCCGGACCCGCCAGUACUGCCUGAUAGAGUGCUCGGAUAUCUGCAAUCGCAUCAAGGAUGGGAAGGAUGGACCCUGAGCCGUCCGUGACAGAGUAACAGAGCAAUUAAUUUGUAAAUUUGUACGGGGUUACUGAAGCAACUGCAAUGGGGACCGAGUUCUGCCAGGCCUUGCAGCAUUUCAGAGGCGUUAAAGGUAAGGUAGCACAUGGGAUUCAGGGGUACUUGGUAGCUGGAAUUGUAUGCAACAACCUGAGCAAAUCCGCUAGGAUUGCUCCCAGAAGUUGCAGUCCAAUGAAACUACUGCAGGAUUGCAGCAUAGUAGUAAUUUUGGUAGGUCCCGGUGCGAUAGAAGGUAUAUGUAGAGAUUAAAUUCUCCAGGGAUUGGAAUUGUCUAAUUUUACAUUCUAGCUCAUCCAUGACAGUGGGUUCUUCGUGCA